AUGUCAAUCGUCUCGACAUCAGGGAAGACACGUCUGCGCGCUGCCCUUGAACGGGCAGCCGCAGGAGGUAGACCGUGCAUUGGGCAGUGGAUGGAAUUCCCCGGAUUUUCUCUAUCAAGGACAAUUGCAGCGCUUGGUGAGGAUUGGGUGCUCAUUGACUGCGAGCAUGGCAACAUCGCAGAUGCCGACAUGUAUCUCGCUGUUGCGGCGAUUGCCUCGGCAGGUGCGUCGCCCAUCGUCCGAGUGCCAGCCAGCGAGCCAUGGUUAUUCAAACGUGCCCUGGACUGUGGCGCCCACGGACUUCUGAUUCCCAUGUGCGAAACGCGCGAGCAGGCCGAGAUGAUUGCAAAUGCUUGUCGAUAUCCGAAUGCGCAGAACGGCGGGGAAGGGUUUCGAGGGGCCGGAGCCAUGUUUGCUCCCGCGUAUUUCCAGCAGGACGGGAGAGCAUAUAUUCAGCACGCCAAUGAAAACAUUACUGUGAUUGUUCAGAUUGAAACGAAAAAGGCGGUAGAAAACGUUGAAGAAAUAGCAGCUGUCGAGGGAAUUGACGGCCUCUUCGUGGGCCCUAAUGACCUGGCCGCGUCAAUGGGAUUCUUCCCCUUGGACCAUGGCAAGCACGACGAGGUUCAGGAAGCUACAGCCAGAGUGUUGGCAGUGGGUAAGAAGGCGGGAAAAUUCGUCGGACACUUCGCAGAAUCAGCGGCUUUCAGGAUAAACCAAGGCUUUGACUUUGUAAACUGCGGAGCAGACAUUGUCGCCAUCACGAGUUGGAUGUCAAGCGAGAUGGGAAAGCUGGCCAAAUUGGUCAAGGAUAAGGAGCACAACUAG